CGGAAAGAGAAAACAAUUUUGUGCGAAAGAACACGCCAUUCCUGUCUGAUCUUUAGGGAGAUCUUGCAUGCUGUUGUGUAGUAAAGGAGAAAAACGCCCAUUCACGCGCCUCGUCCCUUCUCUGAUGCCCGAGAGGGGAACUUUCCCACAAGCCAUGGACUUUUGAGAGAGAGAGAAAGAGAGAGAGAGAGAGAGAGAGAGAGAGAGAGAGAGAGAGAGAGACGCGCUCGGCGAAUCCGAACACACACACACACACACACACACACCAGCGCACAGAGAGCUCGCGCUCCAGCAGCAGCAGUCCCCAGCUUUCUCUUCCCAAAAGGCACAGAAACAGCGUUUGGUUAGUUUUAGUGACUUUAACCUGAAGAAUAAUGACUUUUAGUCGACUGCUGUGCUAAAUUUGGAUGCUUUUCUCAGACGGCUUUUCAAAGUAAAACUAACGGAGAAGGAUUAAAAAUAAUAAAAACAACAACAUUUCUGUUAAAGAUGAACAGCCAAGUGGAAAACGAGACAAGCGAAUACAGCAACGGCCCCGAGGAAGAGGUUCGGACUCUGUUCGUCAGCGGUUUGCCGCUGGACAUCAAACCCCGUGAGCUUUACCUGCUGUUCAGACCUUUUAAGGGAUAUGAAGGUUCGCUGAUUAAACUUACAUCGAAACAGCCGGUCGGAUUUGUGAGCUUCGACAGCAGAUCAGAGGCUGAAGCAGCCAAGAACGCCCUGAAUGGAGUUCGCUUCGACCCGGAGAUUCCCCAGACUUUACGGCUGGAGUUCGCCAAAGCCAACACCAAGAUGGCCAAGAGCAAACUGGUAGGGACGCCCAACCCCCCUCCGUCUCAGCAGAGCCCUGGCCCGCCCUUCAUCAGCCGGGAAGCUUAUGAGCUCACAGUUCCUGGUCUGUAUCCUAGCAACCCUGACGUGUGGGCAUCAUACCCGCUGUACCCCGCUGACCUAUCACACACCCUUGCGCCCGCUUUCACCUACCCCUCCUCCCUACACACUCAGAUCCGUUGGCUCCCUCCAGCAGACGCUCAGGGCUGGAAGUCCAGGCAGUUCUGCUGAAAUACAUGUUCCUUAUGUGUGAUGGUGGCUAAGGAUGGCCUUGAGCUGCUACCCCCUCCAACUCUCUCUCUCUCUCUCUCUCUCUCUCUCUCUCUCUCUCCAACUAUCUCCAACCACAAAGUCCAAACCAGGGACCUCCAGACUCACCUUCCUCAGUCAUGGACCACAGGUCACCACCACUUCCCCCGGGUUUAAAGAGCAAAUCAAGACCAGCUCUGCCUCCAUCACACAUCCCCUUCCCCUUUUCUCUACUGUUACACCACUGACACUUGUAUAGAAGGAGUGCACAUGGGCCUGCAUCCCCCCCCUCUCUCUCUGUAUCCUAUUCAAUUAGACCAAGUAUAGUCUCAUGGUAAAUUUUUACUAUAUACCACCAUUUAAAACAUAUUCUCUGUCUCUCCAUGCAUCUUUCUUUCCUUCUCUCCCUUCAUACCAUUUUCUCACUCCAUCACUCUGUUCAUUCUUUUCACAGAAUGAAAAACUGAAAGUACUGUAUUACAGUAUCGUAAUCAUACUCUAUACUUAAUUCUGACUUCUUUAUCAUAUGAAAAUGUAACCCAGCCCUAUAUCGCCAGUCGAAGGUUUAUUAUCGGCACAACCCGAACAAAAUGAUCCAGAGUAUCUCGCUCUGAGAUCCUAAUGCGACUCGGAAUAAGUGUUUUAUUAAAGACUACAGGCUUUAAAGUCUAUAGAUACAACACUCGAGAGACGGUGCUAAAACAUGAAUAUCUAGAGUGUUAAAAAUGUAGGGUUUCCAAUUAUAUAAAAUAAUUUGUCAAUUAAUUAAACACUCUAAACAUUAUAAACAUUCUUCCAAUAAUUAAACAUUUAAUAAUAAACAUUUCUGGAUUUAUUGAACAUUAAUAAAGAAGAAGAAAUAUUUCUGGAUUUAUUACAUAUGUAAUAAUAAACAUUUAUUUUUUAGUAAUAAAUAUUUAUUGACUGUAAUAAUAAAUACAUAUUCCCUGGUUUGUAAAAUGUUAAACUAUAGGACGUUUAAAAGCUUUUGGCUGUCAGUGUAACAUAAAUCCCCACAGAUCAGAUCUCGAGGAUGCAGGCAGUGUGUAUCACUCCUUCCAUUUCAGUGUUGUGGUUGUGUAUUAAUCAAUAUUAUCUUUAUAACCUAUGUUAUCAUUGUCGCUAUUUACACUGAUUAUAAUUAGCAAACCGCGAUCGUUUGAAGCAUGUCGUAAUCAGAAUGGAGAUGCUGUACAUUUUUAGACCUUUUGAAGACGAAUACAGAAGUAUUUUUAUAAUCAGGUGAAUGUUUAUAGUGUGUGUCGUGUGUGUGUGUGUGUGUGUGUGUGUGUGUGUGUGUAGGGGUGUGAGGAUAUCAAAAUGUUUUACUUUCCUGCUUCAUUCCAGCUGCCAAAGACAAUCAGAAUGAAGAUAUCUCUGAUAAAAAUGACUUCCUCUUUAAUAAUAAUAAUAAUAAUAAUAAUAAUAAUAAUAAUAAUAAUACAUAUCAUAUAUUCCAAAACCAAAGACUUACAGUUAUGUGUGCAUGUGCUGAACAUCGUUUACACCACGAUAUACACAGUAUUCAUGACCUGCUCUCCAGGAAGCAUGGUCUGUGAUCUGUUUCAGGAAAAGAUUUGUUUUUUAUUUUGUAAGGCAAGUGUCCCAGGUGCUGAAGGGAAGUUCUAUGAGAAUUGUAUGUUUUUGAGGUGAAAUGAUCCAAAUAAAAAAUAUUUCCCUGUGA